UCUACGACCGAGGGCUAUAUUUGUAAAUUCUAUGUAAUUUAAGAUUGAAAUAGUGUUGCACAUAUUAUUAUCACUGAAUUUUUCAUGAUAAUAAAACUGUCAUUUUCAGCCUUAAUUCAACGGGCGCUUGCCCAUUAAACGAGUCACAUAGAAAAUUUAACCAACAAAUCAAACACUUUAUUAGGCCGUUAAAUGCACUAUGAAUGUCCCUAUUUACCAAUUCAACCACACCCUUAUUUUAUAAAUAAUAACCCUCUCAAUCUCAAUUCCUCUUUGUAGUGCAUAGACAUCACAUCCGCCACAACCGGAAAUCGAAGAUGUACGGAACAAUGUCCGCUGAGAUGGCGGUUGAUGUACCGGCAACCAAAGCGUGGAAGCUCUACGGCACUCUACAGCUCCCCAAAGUGGCGGAGGAAGACAACUCUGACUUUAUCAGCUGGGUCGACGUCGUCCAAGGGGACGGCGGCGCCGGAACCAUUCUCGAAGUCUUUUUCCGUCCAGGAAUGAAGUCGUUCAAGGAGAAAUUCAUGGUGGUGGAUAACGAGAAGCGUGUGAAGGAGGCAGAGGUUGUGAACGGUGGAUUUCUGGAUCUAGGGUUCACGAUGUAUCAUAUCAGAUUCAAUGUGAUAGACUAA